AUGAAUAGCCUCUAUUUACUGAUCCUGUUCUCACUUGCAGUCAUUGGAAAUAGUGAUGUUCAAGGAGAAUCCUCUGCUGAUUCAACAGCUAGCGGAGAGACUGAUCCUUCUGACGAAGGAGAUUCCACUACGACUUCAUCCGCCUCUAUGACUUUCAUGUCCAAAUCACUUGUCAUUCCACUGGCUGUCUUUUUAAAAUUGUACUAA